GGCAGGCUGGCAUUCGCGUGCGGAUAAAUUCUACCCCGGCAGUUACAUUGCCAAUAAUACCAUUUUGGUGGGAAUUUAACAGUUCAUUCUUUAAAGGAGUAGAGAAAUAUUUAUCAAAAUUAAUAAUAUUUCGAGGGCCGUACAUUCUCCCUGAGGCCGAAAAUCAAAACCCUAUUUCUUACCAUUUACAGUACCAAUCUUCUCGAUAACUUUUUCGUUUUUCCAUUUUCUUUAAAGCUGGUUUGCAGAAUUUCAAUUUUCUUUUUUAUAAUUCGUUGUUAUGGCUGGCCGUUAUGAUUCCAAUCCGUUUGAUGAAGAAGAAGAUAAUCCGUUUGCGGAUCAAGGAUCUCGAGGUAGGGGUCAAUCAAAUUAUGGUGGAGGUGCAUUUUAUAUGAUAAAUCCUGGAAUUGUGCCUGCUGCAAACUCAAGGCUUUCACCUCUUCCUCCUGAACCUGCUGGCUAUGAUCGUGGUGCAACGGUUGAUAUUCCUCUUGAUAGUUCCAAUGACCUGAAAAACAGAGAAAGAGAACUGCAAGCUAAACAGGCAGAACUGAAAAAAAGGGAACAGGAACUAAAACGGAGGGAAGAUGCUAUUGCACGAUCUGGAGUUGUUAUUGAGGAAAAAAAUUGGCCACCAUUUUUUCCUAUUAUUCAUCAUGACAUUGGAAAUGAAAUUCCAAUCCAUCUGCAGAAGCUGCAAUAUGUUGCAUUCACGUCAUUUUUGGGUUUGAUAGUGUGUCUUCUAUGGAACGUUGUAGCAGUUACCUUAGCUUGGAUUAAAGGGGAAGGUCCAACAAUUUGGUUUCUUGCUAUAAUAUACUUCAUAUCGGGUGUUCCAGGAGCCUAUGUAUUCUGGUAUCGUCCACUUUAUCGUGCAAUGAGGACAGACAGUGCUUUGAAGUUCACUUGGUUCUUCUUGAGUUACGUGUUUCAUAUUGGCUUCUGUGUCUUUGCUGCCGUUGCUCCUCCCAUCAUUUUUAAAGGAAAAUCUUUGACUGGAAUCUUGCCUGCAAUUGACGUUUUAAGUGGUAACGCUUUGGUUGGGAUAUUCUAUCUUGUGGGAUUUGGAUUCUUCUCUAUUGAAUCCCUGAUUAGCAUAUGGGUUAUUCAGCAAGUUUACAUGUACUUCAGAGGUAGUGGAAAGGCUGCAGAGAUGAAGAGAGAAGCAGCAAGAUCAACGAUGAUGGCAGCAUUGUGAUGUGAGAGUUGAGCGGCGGAGGUAGUUUGUGUUUACCUGGUUUGAUUGUUUAAUUCUUCGAUUCUUGUUAUGGGACUCUCUGAUGCAUAGUAAACCAGUAUAGAACAGUUUCAUUCUUAGACCAAGAACAUCUCUCUCUGCCGUUUCCCAUCCCUGUGGGUAUGUUUUGUACCCUGUUUUUACCAUUCAUUUCAAAUCUGAGAAGGGCAAGGCAAGGGAGAUAUAAUUGAUAUAGUAAUUGAUUUUCUUACAGUUGAAAUUUAGUCUCUCACAAUUUUCCUGGGAAAUGUCAAAACCUAUAUCGUUAACUUUCGCAGUCAACAGACAACAGUUUAUUUGCAAUAAGGACAGCACAAGCAUUUGACAUCUAGAAAUUAGAGUCUUUUUUGUUUUCGGGGAAGAGGGUCUCUUCCCAGAAUCCAUUAGGAAUUUUGGGAUAUUAUUUUCCCUAACCCCCCGUUGUGGUGGCGUGGAAGGAAGCCAUAUUAUUAAGCAUUUUUUUGAGAAAAUUUAUGCUUCA